CCCACAGCCGGGAGUAUGGUGUUCUAUAAGAACACCUCAUCGAUCAGAUCCUCGCUAGGACCUAGGAGUAACCCAAGGGAGGAGCGUAGUGUUACUUUCUUUAAUUCCCUCAUGGCCAUGCUUCCCUCUCUCCCCAGCAGCCUCCUUCCACGCAAGGCACAAGAAGAGGAAGAGGAAGAGGAAGAGGAAGAGGAGGAGGAUCAAACCCCCAGACCUCCUCAAGACUGCAGCGACUUCAUCUCUACCCUGCCGAAAGGGGGUUGGGGACCGAUCCGCACCCGAAAAUACCAAGGGUUUUGGGUCCCUGAGAUCUUUCUCCCUAGCGUAAUGGCCAUCCAGAAAAACUUCAAGGCUCGCCCCGACGACCUCUUCGUCGUGAGUUACCCAAAGUCCGGAACCACCUGGCUUAAAGCUCUCACCUUUGCCACCAUGACCAGAACCCAGUAUCCUCUAGCUCACCACCCUCUUCUUAGCUUCAACCCUCACGACUGUGUCUUGUACGUGGAGCAAUACUUCCACGAAGGCCUGAUUUCCAAGAUGGAAGCCUUGCCCUCCCCGAGAAUCCUCGCCAUCCACAUGCCUUACUCACUGUUGCCGGACUCGAUGACGAGCUCCAGCUGCCGGUUCGUAUACAUCUGCCGUGACCCGAAGGACACACUGGUCUCCAUGUGGCACUUCAGAGAGAAGUCGAGGCCGAAGACCGUGGAGCCUACUCCGUUCGCCGAAGCCUUCGAGGCGUUCUGUGAGGGGACCAGCCCCGUUGGGCCGAUGUGGGACCAUGCUUUGGAGUACUGGAGGGCGAGCUUGAGGAGCCCUGAGAGGGUCUUGUUCUUGAAGUAUGAGGAGAUGAUGGAUGAGCCGGUGGGGAACGCGAGGAGGUUGGCGGAGUUCCUGAGCUGCCCCUUCACCGAAGAGGAAGAGAAGGGAGGGGUGGUGGAGGACAUUGUAGAGCUUUGUAGCUUUGAGAAACUGAAGAGCUUGGAAGCAAACAAGAUGGGAACCCAAGGAGGUCCUGGCUUCGUUGUGACGAAUGAUUCUUUCUUCAGGAAAGGAGGUGGGGGAGAUUGGAAGAAUCAUAUGAGUCCGGAGAUGGCUCGAAGGCUGGACGCCAUCACGCAGCAUAAGCUGUUCGAGUCCGGUCUGACUCUCGAGAGUGUGGGCGUAGAAGCAGCCUCCGGCGACGAUGCCUCAGCUCAUGGCCAGUAAUUUGUGCUGCUUUUCGCUGUUCUCUUCCGCUUUUAGAUGUUCAAAUGGUGCUUGCAACCAUCUUUGCAGCUGCAGUGAAACUUUGUCUAGAUUGAAAUAAGAUCUAAAGAUGAGAGUUUAGAUCCCGAUGUAAAUGUUUCAUUAUCUCAAUGAAACGGGAGGGAUAUGCCCCUUUUUUUUU